UGCUGGCGCUCCCGUGAGGCAGUGCGAAGAGUGCGGCGUUUUGGCGCGGUCUGUGAGGGGCCGGGCAGUGCAUCCUUGAGGACUGUAUGAAAAUGGACAAUCAUGAGACAUGUGUAGGCUUUGAUCUCUGUGAGAUACCUCUCUCCAGUGUUGCUCAGAAGAUCAUGUCUGCUAUGCAUUCAGGUGAUGUAGUGGAUUCUAAGAACUGGGGAGAGAGUACAAAGACUAUAGCAGUGAGCACCAGAUCCAGUGUUGAGUGUUCAGUGCUCCUCAAAGAUGGGGGAGAUCAGUCAUUGGAAGGAAGGAAUCCCAAAUCUUUAAUAAGCCAUGCAUCAAGAGGGUCCAUCAAGCUCUCCCCUCAGUCCUCCAGGGCCGGGCUCAUAGGGCAGCUGGCUGCUCGCCAAAAGCAGAAGAACAUCAGCUCUUUGGCUCUUUCCAGCUGUUUCAUUCCACAGUAUAAUCAAGAAGCUUCUGUCCCACAGAAAGCAGAGAAUAAGAGAAAGCAUUGCCUACAGGAAAAUAUAAACAAGGAAAAUAAAGAAAACAUCAAACUUAAAAGAAAACAUGUUACAUGUGGUAAUUCAUCAGAGAAAACAAGUAAACUCAUGACACUGGAAGAGGAGGCCAACGAGGCUGAAGCCUGCCUAACCUCUGGGGACUCAGGACACUUUUGCGACAUUAGAUAUCUGGAUGAUUUGGCAAAACACCAGCUGACAGGAGCGCUCAAGCAGGCAGCAGCCCUGAUAGUGACCCUCAUGUAUAAGGACGGCUCCACCCAGUUAAGUGCUGACCAGACCCUGACUUCCUGUGUUAAGGGAGUUGUGAUCUUAUUGAAGAGCCAUGUGGAGGCAGGUGAUAGCCUUCUGGAGAGCCUGACCUUUAGUGGUGGCCUGGCAGGUGGCUCCAGGCGAGAGGAUUGGUGCCUCUACAUACACAUAGAGCAUUCCAGUCUCUGGGACCAAGAGCAAGAGGUACACAAGUUAUUUGCCAGGAAAGUGCUAUUUCAAACACUGAAGUGUAAAUGUCCUGUUAUUUGUUUUAAUGCCAAGGACUUUGUGAGAACAGUACUGCAGUUUUUUGGUGAUGAUAGCAGUUGGAAGCAUGUUGCUGAUUUUGUAGGGCUAGAUCCCAGACUUGCUGCGUGGCUCAUCGAUCCCAGUGAUGCCACACCUUCUUUUGAAGACUUAGUGGCAAAACACCUUGAAAAGUCUGUUACAGUCAAAGCCAGCAGCACACACAGAAAUUCCUCAAGAAAUAAUAUGAAUCAGAAUGUACGUGGGAGCCUAAGUAUGCUCUAUAGACUUACAGUGGACCUGUGUUUCAAGCUGAAGGCUAAUGGUUUAUGGCAGCUAUUUUGUACUUUGGAGCUUCCUCUGAUCCCAAUUUUGGCAGUGAUGGAAAACCACAAGAUUCAGGUGAACAAAGAAGAAAUGGAGAGGAUAUCGGCGCUCCUUGGGGCACGUCUCAAGGAAUUGGAAAAAGAAGCCCAUUUUGUUGCAGGAGAACAGUUUCUUAUAAUGAGUAAUAAUCAACUUAGAGAGAUCCUCUUUGGCAAGUUGAAGCUGCACCUGUUGAGUCCCAGGAAGAUCCUUCCCAGACCAGGGGCACAGCGGCACCUGUCCACAUCUGAGGCUGUGUUAAAUUCUCUGCAAGACCUUCAUCCCUUACCCAAGAUAAUUUUGGAAUACAGGCAGGUUCACAAGAUCAAGUCGACCUUUAUAGAUGGAUUACUGGCUUGCAUGAAGGAGGGAUCCAUUUCCUCUACAUGGAAUCAAACUGGAACUGUGACUGGCAGACUUUCAGCCAAGCACCCUAAUAUCCAAGGUAUCUCCAAGCAACCAAUUCAAAUUACCAUGCCUCAGGACUUUAAAGGUAAAGCAGAAAAGACUCUCACUAUCUCUCCAAGAGCCUUGUUGGUGUCCUCCAAAGGCCACACCUUCCUGGCAGCAGACUUUUCACAGAUCGAAUUGCGCAUUCUUGCACAUUUAUCUGGGGAUCCAGAACUUCUGAAGUUAUUCCAGGAAUCUGAAAGAGAUGAUGUAUUUUCUACAUUGACUUCGCAAUGGAAGAACAUUCCCGUGGAGCACGUGAGGCCAGCAGACAGAGAACAGACCAAGAAGGUGGUGUACUCAGUGGUCUACGGAGCAGGGAGGGAACGUCUUGCUUCUUGCCUUGGAGUUACAGUUCAGGAAGCCACCCAGUUUUUGGAGAGUUUUCUGCAGAAAUACAAGAAAGUCAAGGACUUUGCCCAAGCAGCUAUUUCUCAGUGUCACCAUACAGGCUACGUGGCCUCUAUUAUGGGCAGAAGGAGGCCUCUGCCAAGGAUCCAUGCACGGGACCCCCAGCUGCGGGCUCAAGCAGAGCGACAGGCCGUGAACUUCAUGGUACAAGGCUCAGCAGCCGACCUCUGUAAGAUGGCCAUGGUCCGUAUCUUCAGUGCAGUAACCACUUCUUCCACGCUGACGGCCAGGUUGGUUGCCCAGAUUCACGAUGAGCUGCUAUUUGAAGUGGAGGACUCACAGGUCCGAGAGUUUGCAGCACUUGUCAAGGGGGCUAUGGAGUCCUUGCAGCACCUUUGGAACCCGGAGCUGCAGCUGCAGGUGCCCCUGAAGGUGAGCCUGAGUGCUGGCCACUCGUGGGGAUGCCUGGCCCCACUGCAGUAGGCCCUGGACCUGGGCUCCGCCGAGUCACACACAUCCAAGUCUCCAAGCAACAGCUGCCCUCCACCAGGGCUCCUCAGCAUCUACCCUCUGUGUGUGCAUUUUUCCCCUUCAUUUUGUCUGUAGCCCCAGGCAACAGUGAGAGGCGUGAACUGGUUUCCACCAGCCCAUUGUGCAGCCUUUCAAGGUCACCAGCGGGCAGUGUGG